UAUUGACGAACAAAUCGCUCCUCCAUCCACGCGGAGAGUACUGUAUUCGUAGUGAGAAGUGAAGUGAAGAAAAAGCUCUCUAGAAAACUCUUGUCCCAGCACGCUUUCGGAAUCUUAAGACGAAAAAUGCAGCAGCCUCCUGCCUCACUGGAUUCCGAUCCUCAGCUCCCACAAAUUAAAAUCCAUCAUCCUUCAUCGCCUCGCCACCAGGCCGCUGCCACCCCCACUCCCACCGCCGGCGCCCGCCGCAAAAUUGGUGUCGCCGUUGACCUCUCCGAUGAGAGUGCGUAUGCUGUUCGCUGGGCUGUUCAGCAGUACAUCCGCCCCGGUGAUGCGGUGAUCCUCUUACACGUUAGCCCCACUUCUGUCCUCUUCGGUGCCGAUUGGGGCUCCAUCGAUCUUUCCAUCAAUACUGAUCCUAACACAGAGGAAGAUGCUGUCAACAAAGUUAACAACAAUGAGCCGUCCAAGAAGAAGCUUGAGAAUGAUUUUGAUGCUUUCACGGCGGCCAAGGCAGCCGAUCUUGCUAAGCCUCUUAGAGAUGCUCAGAUUCCCUUUAAGAUCCAUAUUGUGAAGGAUCACGACAUGAAGGAGCGUUUGUGCUUGGAGGUGGAGAGGCUGGGGCUGAAUGCGGUGAUCAUGGGAAGUCGAGGAUUCGGAGCUGCACGUCGAGGCAGCGACGGCAGGCUCGGCAGUGUCAGCGAUUAUUGUGUCCAUCAUUGUGUUUGUCCGGUGGUCGUGGUUCGGUAUCCAGAUGAAAAGGAAGAUGGAAUUGGCGGCGGCAGUGUUGAUAGUGCUGUAGUAGCCGUGAAGGAUGAAGAAGAGGGCGAGGCAGUAAUCAAGCCUGUGCGACCUGAACACACAAAAGAGGAUUAGCUGGAGUCACGUCAUGUCUUUACCUUGUUUCUGAAGAAUUUAUGUGCUCCAACAGUGACUGGCCGAAAUAGUAUGAGGAUAUAUUUUUUCUGUACGGAGAGUGCUCUGUAUUUCUCUCCGCUGUGUUGUACUUGGAGCAUUUCUUGCCUGUGAACUUUCGAUAGAUUAUUACGGAUGAUUUUGUUUGGCUUGAUGUGAUCUCGGUAAUUUUAAGCUGUUGGGAGAUUGAUUCAGAGCGGGAUAUCCUCUACGAUCUAGAUGUACAAAUUUUCUUGUGACUAUUUUUAAGGUUAUUAUUUCCUUUCUGUAUCUGGGAGAUCGGAUUGUCACGAUGAGCACCCAGAUGAAGGUAAUCUGAUUGCCCUAUGUUAAUAGAAGUUCUGGAAUGUUCAGAAAGUCAGCACGUCUGUCCGCUGUGGUGUUGAUUGCGAGAAUCUGAUGUUUGGCUAUCGUUGACGUGUAGAGAACAACAGAGACGGAAAACAGUUUUCAGCUUGCUCCCAAAGUUAUUUUGAAUGACUCGUGUAACUAACUGCGUUCUCAAUCUAAAAGCGCUCUAUUUACGGCUCUAU